AUGACUCUGGCCGCCUACAAGGAGAAGAUGAAGGAGCUGCCGCUCGUCUCCCUCUUCUGCUCCUGCUUCCUAUCGGAUCCCCUCAACAAGCCCAGCUACGCCUACGAAGCGUGGUGUGGAAAAACGGAAUCCCGGAAGGAGAAUUCCCGGCGCUCACUCCGCUCCUUUUCCCCUCCGGCAGACACGGUGGACCUGACCUGGUGCGUCAUCUCCGACAUGGAAGUGAUCGAGCUCAACAAACGCACCUCGGGCCAAUCCUUCGAGGUCAUCCUCAAACCCCCCUCCUUCGACGGAAUUCCCGAAUUCAACGCCUCCCUCCCCCGCCGCCGCGACCCUUCCCUGGAGGAGAUCCAGAAAAAGCUGGAAGCGGCCGAGGAGAGGAGAAAGUACCAGGAGGCGGAGCUGCUGAAGCACCUGGCGGAAAAGCGGGAGCACGAGCGGGAGGUGAUCCAGAAGGCCAUCGAGGAGAACAACAACUUCAUCAAGACGGCCAAGGAGAAGCUGGCGCACAAGAUGGAAUCCAACAAGGAGAACCGCGAGGCUCACCUGGCCGCCAUGCUGGAGCGCCUCCAGGAGAAGGACAAACACGCGGAAGAAGUGCGGAAAAACAAGGAGCUGAAGGAAGAGGCCUCCAGGUAAAGAGGCGCUGCUUGGACUGACAGCUCCGGGGAGGUGCCGGAGGCUUCCGCAGCUCCAGGUCGGAACGGUGCGGGAAUGCUGCUGCGGGAAUGCUGCUGUGUGGGAAUGCUGGUGUGGGAAUGGUGGACGUUCCUCUGCUUUC